GACGCGGAAGAGAAAGAUGGCGGCGCCGAGCCUGCCCACGCCGCUGUAUGGGCACGUGGGUCGCGGAGCCUUCAGCGACGUGUACGAGCCUUCGGAGGACACGUUCCUGCUGCUGGACGCGCUCGAGGCGGCGGCGGCAGAGCUAGCAGGAGUGGAAAUAUGCCUUGAAGUCGGAGCAGGGUCUGGUGUGGUGUCUGCGUUCCUGGCCUCCAUGAUAGGUCCUCAGGCCUUGUACAUGUGCACUGAUAUCAACCCCCAGGCAGCCGCAUGUACCCUGGAGACAGCAUGCUGUAACAGAGUCCACCUUCAGCCAAUAAUUACAGACUUGGUCCAAGGCUUGCUGCCCAGAUUGAAGGGGAAAGUUGAUUUGCUGGUGUUUAACCCCCCCUAUGUAGUGACUCCGCCUCAAGAGGUAGGAAGUCACGGAAUAGAAGCAGCUUGGGCUGGUGGCAGAAACGGCCGGGAAGUCAUGGACAGAUUCUUCCCGCUGGCUUCAGAACUCCUCUCCCCCAGAGGGCUGUUCUACUUAGUUACUAUAAAAGAAAACAAUCCAGAAGAAAUUUUUAAAACACUGAAGACAAAAGGUCUGCAAGGGACCACAGCACUUUGCAGGCAAGCAGGCCAAGAAAUCCUGUCAGUCCUCAGGUUCAGCAAGUCCUAGUGUCCCGAGAGCCACCAGAUGCCCGAGAACUGCCUGAAGCGGAAUGCACUCAGCUGGUUCGAGACGGACAUCAUUCCCUGGCCAAGAAAGUUUAUCAGGAAUGUGUCAUAAAGAAAAAGAUGGAGUCAGGGUGGUCAUGACACAUACCUUUAAUCCAAACACUCAGGAGAGGCAGAGGCUGACCGACCUGAGUUCAAGGCCAGUCUGAUCUACAUAGCGAGUUCCAGGACAGCCAGGACUGUUACACAGAGAAACCCUGUCUCAGGAGGGGCAAAGAAAGAAAAGGUGAGAGCUGGAUAAAUGGCUAAGAGGUUAAGAGCACUGGCUGCUAGUGCAGAGGAUUGGGGUCCAAUUUUCAGCACCCACAUGGUGGCUCACAGUCACCCAUAACUCCAGUUUCAAGGGAUCCUGGCCUUUUCUGACCUUCAGGGUACCAGGCUCACAUGUGGUAUUACAUACAUAAUGCAAAACACGCAUACAAAGAAAACAAAGCUGAGAAACAGAAACAGUUAAGCUCGGGCCUUUUGUUUUCAGGGACUCAAGUAUGUGGGUAUUUCUGUACGCUUGCAAGCAAAUGUGUAUAUUCUAUUUAUAAUUUAUAUUUUAUAUUUAUGAAAGAAUGUUUGAUUUAGCAUUAGCUAUAAUAAGCAAAGUAAUAUAACCACCCUAAAAGUCCAUCAGAAAGGACACUGGUUAAAAUAAAUCUCAGCUAUCCAUUCCACUGAACAUACAGCCAUGAAAUGAGUCACUGUGUAGCCCUGAACCAGAUGGCAGCUGCAUACGCAUUUCAUCCUGUAUACACUGUUCUGAGAACCCUUCCGAAGCAGCGUAUCGAUGUGUGCGCAUGACAAAGGCUUGAGGGUAAACUGCAGGAAUAAAGGAACGUUCACUCUUUUAUGGUGGUGUUUGUUCUACACAAUGGUAAUAUGAAACAAUUACAGUGGAUUAUCAUAAACAAUAUGAUAAAAGUGUAAAUGCAGAGUCUAAUAGGUGUGGUUUAACUCUGAACAAGAUAACAUCAUUAAUGACUGCUACCAGGUAUUCAUCAGGAAGGUGCCUUUUUCUCUAUAGUUACUUAUAAAAGCCCACCAGAGGCCAUUGAUGUCAUUCAAAAAUCCAGCCAUAUGUCCUAUGGAGGUAACUUUAGAUGGUAAUUUGCAAGGAUUUUGGCUACUUUCCCUCUCUGAGAUAUUUCUUUUAGGGGUGGCGACUGGCACAUUGCCUACACUCAGUGAACAAACCUAUACCCAUAUGGAUAUAGGAACACUAGACUCAGUGAGUUAAAUCAGUAUUUACAGAUAAAAGGUUUGUUUGUUCUUCAAGACAGGGUUUCUCUGUUACAGCUUUGGCUGUCCUAGAACUCACUAUGUAGACCAGGCUGGCCUCAAACUCACAGAGAUCCGCCUGCCUCUGCCUCCUGAGUGCUGGGAUUAAAGUCGUGCACCACCACCUUGCCAGAUAUAAUCUAAUCUUUUAAAGAUUUUGUGGAAGAGAGUAUAUGCCACGUGUGGACUAGUGCCCAUGGAAUUCAGAAGACAGUGUCAGGUGCUCUAGAACUAGAUGGUUGUAAGCCACCCAACACAGGUGUUGGGAUCAAGUUCUGGUCCCCUCGAAGCCACUUGUAAGCCUGUAUAUAUAGUUUAAAAAGUAGGGCAUGAAGUUGGGAGAUGAGGAGGGUGAGGGGUGAUUAUGAUUAGUAUACACUGUAUACACAUGCAUGAAAUUUUCCAAUAAUAAAAAUGAUAGUAAUAAUCCCUAGUUCAUGAUAGAGUAACUAGGGCCAAAAUAACUUGGUGAUCAAUAUUCUCUAUUCAUAAGAUACAGUAUCGACCAAGGGCUAUCACUUAAAGCAAGAGCAGUUGUGAUAUUAGCAGGGUCUUACUCCAGAAUCCAAAAGGCCUGCAACUGCAUUUUGCCAUAGGGGCCACCAGAUGCCCUGUAUGGAGUCCCUGCCUUUCCUUACAGCCUCAACCACCACUGGAUUUGCUGGACCAUAUGGCAGCCUGGACUUUGAAGAGUAGGUAGGAGGAGCAGGUUGUUGGUGAGACCUCUCAGGUAUUAAGGAACACUUGUUCCCGACCUGUGGUCUUGCUGCCAAUGUGCCACAUUUGGGGAGUGGACAAUUAGGUGAAAACCUGUUAGCUUUAGCAAGCUGCUAAAUGGAUGCUCCUUGACCAUGCCCGCAACCUCUCAGCUACAGUUUCACUGCUGGCAGGCAAAACCAGGCGCAUACACAAGAGCAGCGCACAUCACCAUAGCAAAGCAAUUAGUAUCAAGACUGGCAUGUCUUCAUUGGUUUGUCUGUGUCCCAAACCCUGUGAGGGCGGGGACAGUAGUGUGGGCCCAGCUUAAUGCAUACCAAAUGCCUGCGGUGUUAGAGGACAGGAACUCCGGAAGCCCUGGCAUGUCUUCUGUUGCUGUGCAUUAUGUUCAGCAGACUGCUAUGAGAGAAGCAGGAUCCAUGUCUCCAGCUGAUGUUGAGAAGGAAUGAAAUGGGAUAGUGUAGUAACACACGAAAAUGCCAUAGUUAAGCCCAUUACUUCAUGUGCUAAUUCAGUGAAACUAAGUUGUCUCUUAUCCCAAAUAACCUACUGAAUCUGGGUAUCAAAGACACAAAUUGCAGGAUGCCUUGGUGUUACUCAAAGGAGCCCUUAUUCUUAAAGUUCACAGUAAAUAAGUCAAAGCUACCAAAGACAGAUGAGCACCCUUAAUAAGAUCUUUUAUAAGGGAUAUCUGGAAAACAGAAAGACAGAUUUAUACAGACACUGAAAGGUUCCAUCACAGAUACAUUUCUUUUUAUCUCUAAUUUGGAGCAGAAAAUAAAAAAAUAAAAAAACAGUUCGGUUAUAAGACCCAUAAGGUAAAAUUUGGUGAGGGCAAAAGAGCCAGCUGGGAGUAACCAAACUUUCAGUGCCAUGAUGACUGCUGUCGACUGGAGCUAACACCACAGUGGAUGUGCACAUCUGGGAGGGGCUUCUCUUAACCAAACCACUUUAAAUCUGGAUCUUUUGAGAUGGGAAAAUCUGCCUUUAACCUGGGCCACGCCUUCUGCUGGCAGCCUAUAUAAAGGACACAGAGGAAGGAAGCUUUUAUUCUUUGCCUGCUUGCUCUUGCUGGCAAGUCCAUUUCAUUCCUUCAUUAGCAUUAGGGCCUACCGUUGGAUUCUGGCACAUACUGAAGACCAGCUGAGACAUCCAGCCUCUUAAACUGAACAACUACUGGAUAUUCCUAAUAUACACAUUCAUUCUAUGUUGUGUUCCUCUAGGGGCCCUAACUAGUAAAAACAUUAAGACAAAAAAUUUGGCUGAAUCAAAAUGGAAAGGAAUGAUAAUUUAAGUGGAAAAUUUUAAUAAAAUGUAAAUAAAUAUAAAAUUAAUACCAUGUUGAAGACAAGGUUGACUAGAUAGUAAAGCAUUAUGUGACCAGCUUAAAAAUACAAGUAACCUAUUAGAAAUAUAAAUUGAGGACAUGUUUGUAAAAAUAAUGACCAGCAAGCAAGAAUGAAUGAAACUAGGUCUCUCUAUAGUUAGGAAAAUAUGAAUUAUAAUGAAGAUGAUGGGAGGUGUAGCACAGUUAUACAAUGCUAGCUAGCUCGCAUUCUCCAACUAGUAAAAACAUUAAGACAAAAAAUUUGGCUGAAUCAAAAUGGAAAGGAAUGAUAAUUUAAGUGGAAAAUUUUAAUAAAAUGUAAAUAAAUGUAAAAUUAAUACCAUGUUGAAGACAAGGUUGACUAGAUAGUAAAGCAUUAUGUGACCAGCUUAAAAAUACAAGUAACCUAUUAGAAAUAUAAAUUGUGGACAUGUUUGUAAAAAUAAUGACCAAGCAAGAAUGAAUGAAACUAGGUCUCUCCAUAGUUAGGAAAAUAUGAAUUAUAAUGAAGAUGAUGGGAGGUGUAGCACAGUUAUACAAUGCUUGCUAGCUCGCAUUCUCCAACUAGAAGCCAGACAAUUUCAUUAAGCGUGAGUGACAAGUACAAACCAGAACCCUUACUGUCCUGUGAGACGGGCCAACAUGUAGCCAAGAUAAAGAGCAAUGUGACACCACGUAAACCAACGGCUCGCACUUCCUGUCACCUGGAAUUCACUGUAGCUCACGCCUCCAGAGCACCUACCACAUUUGCUGAGAAAGACGAUAAAGAGCACAUCCUACAGCAUUGGCUCAAAGGAGCAGACAUUGCCAAAAUAGCUCCUAGGAGGACUGGCAGGUGUGAUGCUAAAUAGCUGUCAGGUGAAGAAGCAUGCUACAGAAGAUGACACAGCAGGAAAGGACCUCAAGCUUAAAGCAAAAAAAAAGGCUACAUAUCAUUUAUGGAUACAAGCAUAGCAGAAACUACGAAUCCUCCAACAGGAAGUGUACAAACUUCAGAACAAUAAACUGUCUCUGAAGAAGAAUAGGUUAGAGAAUACAAGAGAAACAUUUUAUUUCUUUAAAAAGAAGAAUCAAAUAUGGCAAAAUAGUAUGGGAAGAGUACAAGGAUUUAUAUUAAUUACUAUUUUCUGUAUAUUUGACCUAUUUUGUAAUUUGAAAGAAUUUAUUAACAUAAUAAUCAAAUAACAAUUAUUCACACCAUAAAAAUUUGCCAUGUGUUAACAUUCAAACCACAGAAAUGUAUA